GUGAUGAUACGUUAAUGUGUGUUCACAACUUGUUUCUGCUCCCCCCAAGUGGCCAAAAGGUCCGUUAUUGCAGGUUUAAGGGUUUGGUUUUUGUUUACUAAAUAUAUUAAGUUUUGAAUUUAGGGGAGAUAAAAACAAAAGGGCGCACUGUGGGAUUCUUGCUUUUUUUUUAUAUGAGCAAAAUUAAUAAUUGAGACAAUCAUAUCAUUGUCCUUAAAAACCCUAGUUUUUGUGAUUGACAACUUAGCUGGGUCUAAUUAAAUGGCCCUUAUGUUGGAAAUAUCCACUGCAACCUCCUUCCUGGGAGGCUUCCUGAAAAACAAAACAAACUGUAUGAGAGGUGAAAAGGCCUGUGCUAAUGUCACUCUCACUUCAGCUAAUAAAUAAGGUAAAUAUGUAGUCAUUACUUUGCAAACAUUCAUGCCACUAUAUCAGAAGAGUAACUAUACACACAUUUGUUUUGAACAGUAGAUCAAUAGACUAAUCAAACAGCUAGCAGCCAUGUUUUGAACUGCUGCAGGUCUUUUCUUGGAAAAGCUUUUCUUGGUAUCUGUCAUCCUGCUCUAAUAAAAUGCCUCUGCAACAAGUCACAGUGAUUUUCUGCUCCAUUUUCUUCACCGAAAGCCUUUUGCAUGACACACCCACUCUUCUCUCACAUAUAAACACACUGAAGAGCUCAUUCUCUACCAUAAAACUGUGAGAAGCGACAUCAUGCCACAAACAUGUCACCGUUUCCCAAAGCCCAACCUAUCCUGUCCUCGCAUCGACCAUCAACUUCAGCACAUUUAUGACUUUACUGCCUGGCCCUCCAGUUCAUUUAGACAGCCUCAGCUUUAAGGGGAUGGCCAUGUGCUUCCUGACACGCUGAAUUAUUCUGAAUCAUUUCACUUAAGGGCCCAGAUGCUACCUGUCUGUUGCCCUCCACUGAGAGGGCAAUUAAGGCAGCCUGGUGCCUGCUAAAUGCCCCCUACUUCUGCAUGAAUGGAUGCAUCUCCUUAUCUGAAUCUCUGUCAUGAUGUCGUGUGCACCUCGCCCCCUUCGUACCCACAUGCAUCUUUUUUUUUUGCUGUCACCUGUCUCAGAGCUGAGUCUGAACAUGACAGAGGGAGAAACUCAGCGCUACAGCAGCUCUCGUACCAGCUUGGAAAAGGACAUUGCUGCCACGAAUGGAGAAUGUGUCUUUUGAAAUAUGUGGUUUAUAAAUGGAGAGAACAUGAGGACAACUGUGCCCCUAGCUAUUCAAAUAAUCCGUUUGCUUGCUUAUUUUAGUCGAGACUUUCCCGUCAGCUUGAGUUUGUUUGAUUUAUCCCCGUCAUGGUAAAUUGGAGGCAGUGCUACUUUUUUGCUGGACUUCCUACUCCUCUCAGCAGUGUCUAUGUCCUGAACUGUUGAGAUGCAGGUGACUUACAAGGAUUGGGUCGCUCUCUCUGUCUACACCCUCACCUUUCUGCUCGGUCUUCCCGCCAACCUGCUGGUCCUGUUUGUGUAUGUACGCAAGGCCCGCAAGCGUGGCGCCACACCAAACGUGGUCUACGCCCUCAACCUGUGUCUGGCCAACUUGGUGCUCGUGGCCUGGCUGCCCGUCAAGGCUCUGGAGACUUUCCUUCAGGCCUGGAGGCUACCAGCACCAGUCUGCCCCGUCUACAGCUUCUUCCUCUUCUCCUCGCUGUAUGGCAGCUGCCUGUUCAUCACCGCUGUGACAGUGGGACGCUACCUCAGCAUCGCAUUCCCAAUUAUCUACAAGAGAUACCGCCGUGCUCGAAUCUCUUGCUUCAUCAGUGCUGCCUUGUGGGCCUUCGUGCUCCUUCACCUCAGUUUUGGCCUGGUGGCUGAAGGAGGAGCUCACUUUGUCUCCGUUAAGGAUGACACCUCAGCCUGCUACGACCACUUCAACGCCUCCCAGCUGGCUGUUCUUCUGCCUCUACGCCUGGAGAUGGCCAUCGUUUUGUAUCUUUUGCCUCUUAUUGUGACGUCCUUUUGCACGCUGCGUUGCGUGACCCUGGUGUGGCGCUCAAAUUUGCGUCCUAUGGGGAAGAGACGAGCCCUGACAGUUGCAUUGUCCACGCUGGCUGUGUUUGUGGUGUGCUAUGCACCCUACAACGCCUCGCACAUUGUGGGGUUUGUGUGGAAGGAAAAUGUUGAGUGGAGGACAUACGCUAUGCUGACGAGCUCCUGUAAUGUUUUCCUGGAGCCUGCAGUCAUGCUGAUGCUGUCGCCAGCAGUGUCGAGGGGAAUCAUGGGAAGAAUCUGUGGACAGCAAAGCCAAUUCAGCCAUAUUGAGGGGUGUCGGCAUCGAUGUCAUAGUGCUAAUGUUGCAAAUGUCAGGGCACCACCUACACUAUCUGAGAGGAGCCAGGCGGGGGCCUAGGUGACUAAAGUAAGUCAGGAGUGAGGUCACAGUGGGCGGAGACUUCAGAGAUUUUGGCAAAUGGCAAAUCCAAAAGGAGGAACAGGAUAAAAACAUUCAUGGACAGUCUGAUGGAAGACGACCAUCCUUUGUGUGUGCUUUCCAACAGCCCCAGAAAAUCUAGCAUCACCACAGCUAUCAGAUCAGAUCCAGCAAAUGAUCUAGAUAAUGUCUCUGUGUCUGUCAUUUCAAGGCACAAUGACUUAAUCAAAGCUACAUCACUCUGUGUCAUCAGAUAACAACUUUUUUCCUCAGAUCAAAUGUUUCUAAAGAAAAAAGUAUUGAUGUAUCCCAUGUUAUGGCAGUAUUUCUCCUGAUGAUAAAGACUCGUUAUGCAGUUUUUCCUGUGAGUGUUUCUCACACUGGGAAUGGCCGAAGGUGUUGCCAAUUUGCCAGUAAAAAGGAACUAUUAGCAGACCUGGAAAUUCAUGCUUUUGGCCAAGGAAGCUGCACAUCUUUGAAAUGGACGAAGUGUUCUUUUUCAAACUACAUAAUUCAACAAGUCUUAAACCAGUCAGUGGAAAACAGCUGAACUUUACAUCAGACAGUUAGUUUGGUGACAAAUGGCUCCAUCUGGUGUCUGUCAGUUACUGCUCCAAGCUGUAACGGGGAUCACUUCAAACAAAAUAUGUGUUUUCAAUGUUUUUUCCAUAAAGAAUAAAGAUAAGCUGAUAUUUUGAUUUAUUAAACACAUGUGGAACUAAUAUCAUGAAUUAUGGCUGUGUUUUGACAGGGCCCUGGCUUAAUUGCAUGGCUCACUGGCACACCUGAAUGGAACAGAUCGUAAAUGUUAUUAGUUGCACGUGUGCUUUUCUUUGAUGAGUCAAAACAGGUGUACUGAGGUAUAAAGGUUUAUCAACAAUUUGAUGUUUGAAAUGAAUUAUACAUUUUAAUAAGUAUGUGUUUGUGCAUUAAUUGAUUGGUUUGUGAACAUGUUCAUUUACUUUCUCAAUUAAGUCUGUUUACUAGUAAAAUGUUUC